AUGGCCGCCGCGCAGGGCCUUGUGGGUAGUGGGCGGGAUGAUGGCGGUGGCGUAGGGCCUGGCUGCUCAGCGAGAGGAGAUCCUGAGUUACUAAAAUGACGACAGCGGCAAGGCCAACAUUUGAGCCUGCAAGAGGAGGAAGAGGAAAAGGUGAAGGAGACUUAAGUCAGCUGUCCAAGCAGUAUUCCAGCAGAGACCUUCCCUCUCAUACUAAAAUCAAAUAUAGACAGGCCACUCAGGAUGCUCCCGAAGAGGUGCGUAACCGUGACUUUAGAAGGGAGCUAGAGGAGAGAGAGCGGGUUGCUGCGAGGGAAAAGAACAGAGACAGACCAACCAGAGAACAUACAACAUCAUCUUCUGUGUCUAAGAAGCCUCGGCUGGACCAGAUUCCUGCAGCAAACCUCGAUGCAGAUGACCCUCUAACUGAUGAGGAUGAUGAGGAUGAUGACCUGGAAGACAGUGAUGAUGAUGACACUGCAGCUCUUCUGGCUGAACUGGAAAAAAUAAAGAAGGAGCGAGCUGAGGAGCAGGCUCGGAAGGAGCAAGAGCAAAAGGCUGAAGAAGAAAGGAUUCGGAUGGAGAACAUCCUGAGUGGGAACCCACUGCUGAAUCUCACCGGCCCAGCACAGCCCCAAGCAAACUUCAAAGUGAAGAGGAGGUGGGAUGAUGAUGUUGUCUUCAAGAAUUGUGCCAAGGGGAUAGAUGAAACAAAGAAGGACAAGAGGUUUGUGAAUGACACUCUGAGGUCAGAAUUUCACAAAAAAUUCAUGGAGAAAUACAUCAAGUAGUACAGUUUUAUGUGCUGUGGUGCUGACGGAUUCGGCAGGUUGUUCCCCCACUCUCCCUCGGAAUUCAAGGCUGAAUAUUUGGUCAUAAAUUCCUAAAUGCUGUAUCGAAAUUGUCAACAGCUUCAUAAAUAAUAACUGCUGUGUAUGGAGUUUUAUUCCUUCAGUAUGCUUUCCUUUUUGUUUUAAUUAAACCAGUUUGUGUUUCA